AAUGAACGGAGAGAAGAGAAUAGUAUAAUGGAAUGAACUAGCAGAUCAUUGUAAUCGUACAUCACUUUGGGUUGCUAUUGAGGGAUAAGUGUUUGAUGUAACAACAUAUUUGGCAGAACAUCCAGGAGGUGAUGAUGUUCUACUUAAAUAUGGUGGAUUGGAUGGGACUUAGAAAUUUUUAGAUGUGAACCAUUCUAAUUAUGCUCGUUCUCUUAGAAAUGCUAGAUUAGUUGGAACACUUACUACAGAUCCAUAACCAAUUGAUUACAUAAAGCUUGUGAAAUCUAAAAAACAAAAAGUAGGAAAUUAAAUAAUCAAACAAUUAGGUUAAUGUAAAUCCGAAUCGUUAAAUUUCAUGGGAAGAAUUAGGAUAGCAUAAUAAAAAAGAAGACUUAUGGAUGGUUAUAGAAGGGAAAGUGUAUGAUGUUACAGACUUUUAAGAUGAUCAUCCAGGUGGUCCAGCUAUCUUAUUGGGAAAAGCUGGUGAUGAUGCAACUGCUGCUUUUCAUGAUGCAAAUCAUUCUCAAAGUGCUUAUAGGUAAUUAGAAAAAUUAUAAGUUGGAGUAAUAACAGGUAUAAAUAAUAUGAUAUAUGAAAGGUGUAAAACCAAAUGUGAGUGGAAGUGGUUCAAGCACAAAUAUUAUAUUUUUAAUUCUUUUGAUUUUGGCUAUUGGUGUAGGAAUUUUUGUGAUUACAAAAUGAGU